AUGUGGUCAUCAUACUUUAAAUUUAAUAAGUGUGAACCAACCAAUAAGUUGAAAACAUUGCAAGAUGAAAUUGUAAGUAAUAUCGAGUUUCAUGGUGAUGUCACUACAACAAAUACAAUGCUAUUCGAUGAAAUAAAUCAAUGGCAUUUUCAUAACAAUGCUGUGAAUGGUGAUUUAAUUGAAACCCCUACUUUAUUAGUCCAUGGAUACGCAACUUCAUCACUAGCUUACUACAGAAACUUUGCUGGUUUAUCAUCUUAUAUUAAAGAUCUAUAUUCUAUAGACCUACCAACUUUUGGGUUAUCAAAAACUCCUGAAUUACCAACUAGAAAAGUUACUAAAAAUUUAAAAGUUACUUUAAGUAAUUCGAACGAUAAAUCAGAUGAUCCCAAAAAAAUAACUUCUUUCCAAUUAUCAAAGGAUGAUAUUAAACACAAUGAAAAAUAUUAUAAUGAAACUAAAAAAGAAUUAGAGAUCAAUGAAAAUUACUACAUUGAUAGAAUUGAAAAAUGGAGAAUCGAAAAUAAAUUGGAUAAAAUAAAUUUAGUAGGUCAUUCCUUUGGUGGAUAUUUAUCUUACAAAUAUGCUACAAAAUAUCCUGAUUCCAUAGAGAAAUUGUGUUUAGUUUCUCCACUAGGGAUGGAAUCAAAUAUUUACUCAAUAAAUAAUAAAUUUGAGAAUGAUAAAAUAUACGAAAUAGAGGAAGAGGACCCUUCUUCAAUAUUUUUCACAAAUACUAGAACUAUACCAAAAUUUUUAUUCAAUAAUCAAUUAAAUGUCUUGCGUUGGUUAGGCCCAGUGGGAUCAACUUUGACUUGGAAAUAUAUCAAAGCUUCGUAUAGAAGAGUUGAUGAUGCAUUAUACAAAGACUAUAUUCAUGAAUUAAUUUACGGUAAAGGUGGCAUGGAAGAAACAACAAUUAAAACAUUCACAAAUUUGUUCACCACAAAGUUACUAGCAAAGGAUCCAAUCACCGAUACAGUAGACAAAUUAAAAGCUAAAAAUGUAUUACUUUUAUAUGGUCAAGAAGAUUGGAUGAAUAAUUAUGCAGGUUACCAAAUGACUAAAAAAUUAAAUGAAUUGAAGGGAUACAAUACUUCAAAAGUUGGUGAACUGAAUUACGCAACUUACAUGGAGGUCCCAGAAGCAGGCCACAAUUUAUUCUUAGAUAACCCAUCAUUUUUCAACAAGGCAUUGUUAUCUUUUUUCCUAGCUUAG